GAAAGUGUCUUCAAGCUUCAGAGAGGUCUUAAGCUAUGGCGGCUGAGAAUUCUUCAAACGCCAUUGACGUUGAUACGAGUCUCGAUUCUGAUUCAAAACCUAACCGUGACGCUAAUGAUGUGACUAAUCAUGACUCUUCGAAAGCAUUGGUAAUCCCUUCUCCCGCCGUUUGUCUUGUACGUUUCGCCGGAGAUGCUGCUAGUGGCGCCUUCAUGGGCUCUAUAUUUGGCUAUGGUUCUGGAUUGUUUAAGAAGAAAGGGUUUAAAGGAUCAUUUGUGGAUGCGGGUCAGUCUGCAAAGACUUUUGCGGUUUUAUCUGGAGUACAUAGUUUGGUUGUUUGCCUUCUGAAGCAAAUACGAGGGAAAGAUGAUGCCAUUAAUGUUGGAGUUGCUGGAUGCUGUACUGGCCUUGCUCUUAGUUUCCCCGGUGCGCCUCAAGCAAUGCUACAGAGUUGUCUUACUUUUGGUGCCUUCUCCUUCAUCCUUGAAGGGCUCAACAAAAGGCAAACGGCUUUGGCUCACUCUGUCUCGUUGAGACACCAAACCAGAAGUAUCCAACAUGAUUUACCUCUGCUCUCGUUGGCUCUCCCAACUUGCGUUCUAAGGCUUGAUACCCAGACUAGUGGAUGGGACAAAUCUAUGCAUAAGCUUUUUAAAGGCAUUCAUGAUGUAACAUACACAAUCGACGCGACGAGAGGAUUAGCUUAUCUCUCCGGAAAAAUCAGCCCUGAGAUUAUUCUGAGGAUUCGUAAAGCUAAGAAACAUGCUCAAUUAAUCCACAUGGAUUAUGGUCACGUUACUCCUCCUCCUCACGCCAAUUCUCUAAAUCUGCCGCCACCGUGGCCACAAUUAUCGCCGAUGUAUCAAUCGCCGUCGGCGCCACCGUAUAUGAACUACCAACAAUUUCCGUAUACUGAACAACAGCCUCAGUAUAUGAACUACCAACAAUUUCCGUAUACUGAACAACAGCCUCCUGUGACGUAUCCGUAUUAUUAUUAUCCUUAUUACGUACCGGAAAUGUUGUAUUCUCCGCCGCCGCAGAUACCGACGCGAGACGGGGUUACCGGCGAGCCACAGUGUCGGAUUCUGUGAAGAGAAUUUGGUUUGAAACGGCGUCGUUUGAGAGUUUUUCCACAGUUUCGACGCAGCGUAGUAGUAUUACAA